AUGAGCAAUAUCGGAAAUGUAACGAUGCUUGUUUGUUGGAAUAAACAGCGGCGAAACAUAAAUGUGAACAUCAAUGAUCAUUUGAAUAAUAUCCAAGAAAAGGUUAUCCAAACGUAUGGCAUCAAGCGAAAAACGAAUUUCGCGGAGUACCAAAUCCAAUAUUUCGACGAAAGCUAUGGAUCAUUUGUUGAUUUAUGCGAUGAUACAAUUGAUCAUUUUCGGACGCUUCUUCGUACACUUCGAGAACUGGAUAAUCCCAAGAAGAAGGAGCAAAUUUGGUGUUUGAAUAUAGUUCCGAAUGAAAUCGAAAUAAUCAAUCGUAAGUCCAGUGACCCAUUAACUGUUGACAAAAAUAAUCAUCAGCUAAAGAAUAAUAUCGACAAAUAUACACAGCAAGCAACAUCUGAAACAGAUAAUUCAAUUGACGAUGGCGCACCACCGGAUUCUAUGGAAGACACAGACGAUACACAUUCGACGAGUAGCUCUUCGCAAGUAGAACACGGCCAUCAACAGCAAACAUCGAAUGGACUUCCGCGUUCAACGAAUCCAUUACAGCUUCAUUUUGACAUUGAUGUUGCCGACCGUCAGCGAGAUCAAUACGAAAGCGAGAUACGCAGAAGAAACUCUAAAAAUAAAUCAUCAGUAGGCGGAGUUUUCCUACAAGGACGCAACUUAGAUAACAGUUCAUCACAUCCAACCGUCCAUUUUACACUUCCGCAAGACAAACAAAAUCUUCGCUGGUAUCUACACUUCUAUGUGCUAACUGAGCGUGAUCAAUACGGUCAGCAUUAUAUCCAUGCGUCAAAAGGUAUCUACGACAAUGAAACCAAGCCUCAAGAUCGAUUCGGACCAAUUCUGAACUCCAAUGCUGUAAACCCAUAUGUUGUCGAAUUAGACAAAGAUCAGAUUCAGCGGGGUCAAUAUGAAAUCCGUUUACGUGUGUGCAACAUUCAUAAUCUAUCAGAUCACAAGCACAGCAAACUACGGAAGUUUCCGGAAGUGCACGCUCGAAACAUAUAUAUGAAUCCGCGUUUAUUGUCGUCAUGUACUUCGAAUAGUUUGAACCUUUCCUCUGCUAAUUUUCAUCUCGGUUGUCUUCUCAUUACUGGUAAUCGAAUCGAAGAUCGAUGUAUUUCACAAAUGACUAUUGAAAAUAAACGACGAAAAAGAAAAAAGAUGAGCGAAUAA